AUGGCCACCACGGAAGAAGUUGAGGGACGACGACCUGCCAGUGCAAGCAGUGCUGAUGAUGAGUCAAUUGACUCAUUGGUCGACGAAUUCGCACCUCUUUUGCCUAAUGGUGCCGAGCCGUCAGUGCUAUACCGGACUAUAAGCAGAAGAAGUGAUGCUGGAGAUUUGCCGGCAGACGACAAGGAUAUCGAACUGGCCAAGAGGCGACAUGAUCGUGGGAAAGCAUCUAGCAGCGUCUAUGCUACCAUUUCCGUGCUCCUGCUUGGUGUUUUCGUAGCUCAGGUCGAUGCCAGUUUGGUGCUUGCCACAUAUGGAACUGUCGCAUCCAGCUUCGGCGACCUCGAUUCGGGAUCAUGGCUGCUCUCCGCAUUCGUCCUUGCGCAGUGUGUUGCUCAGCCGCUCUAUGGCAAGCUUUCGGACAUCUAUGGACGCAAGCAUUGCUUACAGGCUGCAUAUAUCCUCUUCGCGCUGGGCACCACUAUCACCGGGCUCGGCCAAACCAUGACCCAAGUUAUCGGAGGACGAGUCGUGCAGGGCGCUGGAUCUGCUGGAAUUACGUCUCUGGUCUCGAUCAUCAUUACAGAUAUGGUACCACUACAUGAGGUCGCCACGAUACGAAGCUAUGUCAACAUUCUUCAGACAAGUGGACGGAGCUGCGGUGGAGUCAUUGGUGGCGCGUUGACUUACAGCCUCGGAUGGCGUUGGGCUUUCUUGGUUCAAGUACCACCAAUGCUGCUGUCGAUGCUUCUUGUCCAUUGCCGACUCGACCUUCCGAAACGACAGAGCUCGGGCCACACGCAACGGCAGAAACUGAAGCGGAUUGAUUUCCUAGGAGCUCUUUCGCUCUGCGCGGCGAUCUUUGCAAUUUGCUUCAUGCUGGAAACAGGGGGCUCGCGGUUCCCAUGGAAAUCUGCUCCAAUAAUCGGCUCGGCCGUAGGGUUCGUGAUGGCUCUGACCAUCUUCACUGUCUCGGCCAACAUCGUCGCUGAGCCUAUCUUUCCGCUCCAGCUCUUGAGAAAGUGGGCAGUUUUGAGCAACUACAGCAUAGCAUUCUUGCAAGUCCUAUUGCAAUUCUCGCUCAUGACGAUCGUGCCGCUAUACUUCCAAGUCACCAACAAGGCCAAUACCGCGCAGGCUGGUGCAUACUUGAUUCCUGCUUUUGCGGGAAAUACGAUAGGAGGCCUGAUCGCUGGAUACUUCAUUAAGCACACUGGACUUUACAAGCCAAUGACUGUCAUCUCACCGCUUUUCGGGGUAUUAUGCAUGUCCUUGUGCCUCUUCUUGUGGAAUGGUCAUACUUCCACCGCCGAGGCACUGUACAUCUUCCCGGGCGGUUUUGCGUCAGGUGCAUCAUCAAGCUCGAUCUUCGUGGCACUGGCAGCUGGUGUUUCUGAGGAGGACCUUGCUAUAACGGCUUCUGGGCUCUACCUCUUCUUCAACCUGGGCGCUGUUGCAGGUGCCAGUGCUGGAGCUGCGGUCUAUCAAGGUGGUCUUAGAACAGGUUUGAGAGCUGCGUUGGAGGGAGUACCCGAUGGCUCGGAAAUCAUGCAAAGAGCGCUUUCGGAUAUCACCUAUGUUCAAAAUGCGAGCGAGCAGAUUCGGAAGCUGAUCGUGCCUGCUUAUGUUUACGGGCUGCAUCAAGUCAACAUACAAAGCAUCAUCUGUGCUGCCAUUUGCUUCGCUAUAGCAGUGUUCACGCCAAGCUCACGUAUAGGGAGGUAG